AGUCCGCCGCACAGUCGCAUCGAAGCCGCCGGGCAAAGCGGUACCAUUCUACGGACCUUUCUCGGGACUUUCGCGUCCAUUUUUCCGGCCUCUGUGUAAAGUAAUCCUCCGCGUGCUCAAGUCGUGUUUCCAUAUCCUUAUCGAAUUUCAAUUGCCUUGCAAGGAUAACCCAAACCACGAAAAAAAUUCAAAUUGAAAAACAAAACCGUGAUUUGUUUCUAUUUAGCAAAUAACAGUCAAGGGCCAUUAGAUAUCCCCACAGCUGCCCAGCGUGAGCCAUGCCAACACAAAACAGCGCAAUGUGGGGCCAAAAAAGCAAUCGCAAGUUAAUUAUCGGCGUUUUCGGCUUCUGUCUGGGACUAUUUGGCAUAUUGUGCGGAAUGUUCUGGGUGGACCUGUUCGAUUGGAUCAUGCAGAAGGAAAUGGCUCUGGCCCCCGACACACGUGUCUACGACAACUGGAAGAGUCCACCGAUGGAUCUGAGUCUGGACAUCUACCUAUACAACUGGACGAAUCCCGAGGACUUCUAUUUAGGGUCGGAGAAGAAGCCGCGGUUCGAGCAGCUGGGUCCCUAUCGAUUCACAGAGCGGCCCGAUAAGGUGGACAUCCACUGGCAUCCCGAAAACGCAUCCGUAAGCUACCGCCGACGCAGCUUGUUCUACUUUGAUGCGGAGGGCAGUAACGGAAGUCUGGACGAUGAGAUUACCACCCUCAAUGCGGUGGCUCUGUCCGCAGCUGCCACUGCAAAACACUGGACGUCGGUUAAGCGUUCCUUGGUUGACGUUGGCCUCAAGAUGUACAAUGCCGAAAUGUCCGUCCAAAAAACAAUCGACGAACUCCUCUUCACCGGAUACAACGACGCCAUGAUCGAUGUGGCUAUUGCAAUGCCCAUUUUCGGCGACGAUGUGAAGGUGCCAUUCGAUAAAUUCGGUUGGUUUUAUACGCGCAACGGAAGCGCCGAUCUCACUGGUGUAUUUAAUGUAUUUACGGGCGCCGAUCAUUUGUCCAAAUUGGGUCAGAUGCACGCGUGGAAUUACCAGGAAAAUACUGGAUUCUUUAGCUCCCAUUGCGGCAUGACAAACGGAUCCGCCGGAGAAUUCCAGCCACAGCAUCUCAAACCCGGCGACAGUGUUGGUCUUUUUACGCCGGAUAUGUGCCGCACGAUUCCGCUGGACUAUGUGGAAACGGUGGAUAUCGAAGGACUUCAGGGCCUCAAAUUUUCUGGCGGCCCUCGAUCUGUUGAUAAUGGCACCCUGUAUCCCGAGAACCUUUGUUUUUGUGGUGGCCAAUGUGUUCCCUCGGGCGUGAUGAACAUCAGCUCCUGUCGCUUUGGAUCUCCUGUUUUUAUGUCCUAUCCUCACUUUUUCAACGGAGAUCCAUAUUACGUCGAACAGGUAGAAGGCAUGAGUCCUAAUCAGAAGGAUCACGAGUUCUAUAUGGUGGUGGAGCCAAGUACUGGAAUUCCCCUGGAGGUGGCUGCCCGUUUUCAGGUCAACAUGCUUGUGGAGCCAAUCCAGGGAAUCAGCCUAUACUCAGGAAUACCUAAGAUAUUUUUCCCACUCAUAUGGUUUGAACAAAAAGUGAGAAUCACUCCCGAGAUGGCUGACCAAUUGAAGGUUCUCCCGGUUGUCCUGAUGUCCGGACAAAUCUUCGCCGGAGUUUGCUUGGCGAUUGGAAUAAUACUCCUCUGCUGGGCACCAGUUCAGAAUUUAUUAUCUACUUGUCAGAAUCGUCGAUACGAUCUGAAGACUCAAACCAAGACUAACGGCCAGUACAAAAGUCGCUCCCAAUUCUCCAGUGCCGAGGAACUCAAGUCAAAGGCCUCUACUUUGGCCUGCGAAAAGAGCGUCAAAGGAUCUCCGGACAGUUCGCCGCUACUCGAAAAAAGCCUGAAGCCAACUAUUACCAAAUCCCAGACGGGUGAAAGUGUGGCCACUGCAUCCACAGCCAUCAGCGACAAUAAACAGGAUUGAACAGGACCAUCGCAUCCACGCCAUCUAGAUAGUUAAGCCGUCCUAGUGCUUUAGUCGUAGUUCAUAGUUUAGAGACACUCUAAAAUACCCAACUAAAACUUGCAAGCAUUCCCGUGCCUAUGCCAAAGAUUAGAUAGCCUCCGAAGUCGAACCA